UUCGUUCUAAACCCGAGCCCGAUUUCAGUGUGUUUUGAGACUUGGGCCCUUAUACAAAGGCCCGUAGUACACUAGGCCUCCGACUCUCGCCUUCCCCUUCCUUGUUGCCCCCUUACCCAAGUUGAUCCGUCGCCGAGUUCGCCUGAGCCCCAAUCUCCGAUCCCCCACCAUCGCCGGCGCCGCCGCCGCUCCACCCUGCCGCUUUUCCUCCCGCCGCCGCAUCCUCGCCGCGCGGGAUGGCCGGAGCGACGGAUCUCCCCCCGAAGGGCGGGUUCAGCUACGACAAUUGCGCGAGGAACGCCAUGCUUGUGGAGAAGGGCUUGAAGAUGCCUGGGUUCCUCAAGACCGGGACUACCAUCGUCGGUUUGGUCUUUCAGGAUGGUGUUGUUCUUGGGGCAGACACGAGGGCCACCGAGGGUCCUAUAGUUGCUGAUAAGAACUGCGAGAAAAUUCAUUAUAUGGCGCCAAACAUAUAUUGCUGUGGAGCAGGAACUGCCGCUGACACUGAGGCUGUAACAGAUAUGGUCAGUUCCCAGCUUCAACUUCACCGUUAUGCAACUGGUCGUGAGUCCAGAGUUGUAACCUCUCUUACAUUACUGAAGUCGCACCUUUUUAGCUACCAAGGUCAUGUCAGUGCUGCCCUUGUUCUUGGUGGAGUAGAUGUUACUGGGCCACACCUGCACACUGUUUAUCCACAUGGCUCCACGGACACUCUUCCUUUUGCCACAAUGGGUUCUGGAUCCCUUGCGGCAAUGUCAGUGUUUGAAUCGAAGUACAAAGAAGGCCUCACAAGGGAGGAGGGAAUACAACUUGUUGCUGAGGCAAUUCGUGGUGGUAUCUUCAAUGACUUGGGCAGUGGCAGCAAUGUGGAUGUUUGCGUAAUCACCAAGGGGAAGACAGAGUACUUGAGAAACCACCAGUUACCAAAUCCAAGGACUUACGUUAGUUCGAAGGGGUACAACUUCACCAAGGGGCAGACUGUGGUGUUGUCCACAAAGAUAACACAACUGAAGCCGAAGGUAGAGGUGACAGAGGGUGAUGCAAUGGAGGAGUGAUUUUGUGUGCUUACAUUCAGACAAGCAGUCACGUUGAGAACAUAUGCUUUCAUUUCAGUGGAAAUGCUUGAACAAAAAAAGAUGACUCUUGUUGUACUUCCUUGGGCUUAAUGCACAUCUUUAAGUUGAUUUUCGACACAUUUAUGGAGGACCGAUCUUAUAUAUUUGCUAAACGGUGGUGCUUCUAUUCAUGA